AUGGAAGCCGAUGCCGGGCGCUUCUGUACUGUACUACAUCCUUUCAUUCAAAGCCAUCAAAUCAAUGAGUCCGACGAUGAUGAUCAAUCCGACUUGAGUGCUAGCGACGACAAUGCUUCCAGUACGGGUAUCAAUUUCCACUUAGAAAGCAUUGCUCUAGAUGCAGACACGAUCUAUCUCCCAGAGUCGGAGUCACAGGGAAGAUUUGUGGGCGCCAUUCCCCAAGAAUCAAGGCCGAGGUAUUUCUCACCACAUAUGGAUUGGGCUCUCGUGAAACUGGAAUCGACCACUGGCCUGCUUCUCAAUUUCGCAACCCUUGAUGGCAAGGUUGUCGUUCCGUCGAAAGUAGUCUCCCCUGUCAUACACGGGCUAUUCUUGCCUCACUCUGGGCUUCAAGAUGCCUGGGCAUUAAACAUGAAACCAACCCUUGGAGAUUCUGGUACAUGGGUCGUGGACCCUGAGACUGAAUCAAUCUUCGGUAUCGUUGUCGCUGGAUCAGAAAGCACAGAAACCUCAUUUAUUUUACCCGCACAGAACGUCUUUAAUGAAAUAUGGGAGCGUUUCCCGGACAUGCAGUUCCCCUUGUCGGGUGAUCUACCCACACUGCUUAAUGCAGUUAAUCUUGAAUUGCCUCAAAUUGCCGAGCUAGUAGUGACCAAAAGUACAUUGAUAGGGCUGAAUCUCGUGGGUUACGAGGGCUGGAGUCCACUGUCAUUAGCGUCUUCUAAAGGUUCUAGUGCACUUGUAGCGUCUUUGCUGCAAGCGGGAGCCGACCCAAACCUCGCAUGCUCCCCAUCGACUCUGCCGUUACAUCUUGCUGCGUACGGGGGUUUCCUGGAAGUCAUACAGAUAUUACUGAAUUUUGGCGUGGACCCUAACUCAAAAGGUGCGUUUUACAUGAAGCCAUCGCGCAUGCCGGACUAA